AUGGCGGCUAAGGAUUUUAUAGUUGGUGGGGUGAGACGGCGUAUUGGAAAUGGUAACUCAACUCUAAUAUGGAAGGACCCCUGGUUACAAGAUGAAAUGGACCCUAUGGUCCAAACGGAGAUGCCACCACAAUUAUCGGAUGCAAAAGUAUCGGGGUUAAUAGAUCAGACUACUGGAACAUGGGACCCGCAUAUUUUAUCAGAUAUUUUUGACCCACACGAUGUGCCAAGAAUUUUAAGAAUUCCUAUCUCUCCGGAAUAUGAAGAUACAUGUUUUGAUAAAUGGAACACACUAUGGAAACUAAAAAUCCCACCAAAGUGGAGGAUGUUUCUAUGGAGAGCUAUAAGUAAUAUCUUUCUUACUACCAACAACUUGCUUAUAAAGAGGGUGGAUGUUGAUCUGAUGUGUGCCAUGUGUGGAUUAAUCAAUGAAGAUGUUAUGCACUCAUUAGUCCUAUGUGAUUAUGCAAAGUCCAUAUGGAGCCAAUCUGGCCUUCCAAACCCCCACAUUAUGACAAAUAUUUUUCAUGAAUGGUUUAGGGCAAUCUUGAAUGUUCUAGACUCUAAUGGAAUGUUAUUUGCAGCUGGAAUUCUAUACAACAUUUGGAGAGCCCGGAACGGUGCGAUAUGGGAUGCAUGUUUACCGUUGCCAAGAAAAGUUCUCACUUCGACUAUAGUAACAGUAAAGGCAUGGCAAAGUGUGCAUGGCACUACCGGCUCUGCCCAACAGUCGGCCGACGUGAGCAAUCUGCCUCCCCUCGGGACCAACGCUGCAGCGACCCAAGAUCUGGUCUCUACUGUACUGCCGCAUCCCCUUCCUCCCGAGCCACCGCCGCCACAACCAAAACGGUGCUACAUCGACGCAGGUUUCAACUCCGGAUCAAUGACAGCCACAGCCGGGGUGGUCUUGCUCGAUCACCUUGGCAGUUAUAUAUCGGCGUAUUGCGUACCACCACAAGUUUGCCUCUCACUCCUUAUGGCCAAGGCGCUAGCAUGGAAAGAGGCCUUAUCGUGGCUCAGAGAGCGUGGAGAACAGUCAGUUCAAAUAUUCACGGAUUGCCAGACUUUACGAUCCUACCUAGAUUCAGCUAGUAUCCGGGCUCGGUCCUAUCUUGGUUAUGCCCUCGAUGAUUGCAAGAAUUUUGUAGCUAUGUUCAGUUUUUGCUCAGUUAAUUUUAUUCCUAGAUCGCAGAAUAUUAUGGCACAUGCUUUAGCAUCGGCUGCCUUUGGUUAUUCUAUAGCUAUGUACUGGGACGGGGUCCCGCCAGACUCUAUUUCGAUUCAUAUAUAA